GUACCACCAUGCGCUCAGAUCAGUCAGGCAGCCAGGACAGAUGAAAGGACCAGAACAACUGAGCUCUGUUGACUGCAAAGUGGCCAGAUUGUGGCUUGGUCCGAACUCCUCCUGACUCCAGCAAGAGCUUCGUUAAGAGAGGCCUUCAGGCUUUGAGCUUUGAAUACCAUCUGAUAUAUCAAAUAUCAUGAUUUUGGAAGGAGCUGGCAGAAUGAGUAUCAAUUCCAGCAGCAACCUACUCCACCAGCAGCCUUCCUGGACAGAUGGAUAUUCCACGUGCAAUGUGUCCAGCAGUUUCUAUGGAACCCAGUGGCACGAAAUACAUCCUCAGUACUGGACAAAGUUUCAGGUCUGGGAGUGGCUGCAGCAUCUCCUUGAUACCAACCAACUGGAUGCCAACUGCAUACCCUUCCAGGAGUUUGAUAUCAACGGGGAACAUCUGUGCAGCAUGAGUCUGCAGGAAUUCACUCAGGCAGCUGGGACAGCAGGGCAGUUGCUUUAUAGCAACCUUCAGCACCUAAAAUGGAACGGUCAGUGUGGAAGUGACAUGUACCAAUCUCAUAAUGUCAUUGUGAAGACAGAGCAAACAGAUCCAUCGUUAAUGGUCUCCUGGAAAGACGACAAUUACCUGUAUGACAGUGGCUAUGGUAGCACAGUAGAGCUAUUGGACAGCAAAACGUUCUGUCGUGCUCAGAUCUCCAUGACGACACCGAGUCACCAGCCUCCUGAUUCUUCAGAUGUGAAAAAAACACAAGAUCAUACCCCAAAGUCCCACACCAAGAAACACAACCCUCGAGGAACUCAUCUCUGGGAAUUUAUUCGAGAUAUUCUUCUUAACCCUGAGAAAUACCCAGGAUUAAUCAAGUGGGAGGACCGGUCAGAAGGUGUCUUCAGAUUUUUAAAAUCCGAAGCUGUGGCUCAGCUCUGGGGGAAGAAGAAGAACAACAGCAGCAUGACUUAUGAGAAGCUCAGCCGGGCUAUGAGAUACUAUUAUAAAAGAGAAAUCCUGGAGCGUGUGGAUGGUCGCAGAUUAGUAUAUAAAUUUGGAAAGAAUGCCCGUGGCUGGAGAGAAAAUGAGAAUUAAGGAUGUCAAGAAAUAACACUUAAAACACCUGGAUGUAAAUAUUCAAAGACUAUUUUCUUAUAUUUAUGUACCAAACUGGGGUGAAAAAACAAUUCUACUUCUGUCGGGAAGAAGGAACAUUAUCAUUGUUGGUGUUAAAAUUAUUUUAUUUGAAGUAUGUCCUGUAUGGGGAAAAAAUGUACACAGUUUUCUGUGAUAUAAGAUAACAUUAUAGAAUUAUGAUUAUUUUUCCCUUCUUGUGAAGUUUUCUUUUUUUUUUUUUUUUUUUGUUUUAAGUUCAUACAGGCAUAAUGUGAUUUAUGACAAUGCUGCGAGUCAUGCAAAGAAAGGGAAGGAGCAAAAUACUAGGGCAUUUAGGCAGUAUGAUAAUCCACUUUGGAAGGCAGCUGUAAAUGGAGAAACUGUAAAGCAUCUCUGAGCCAAGUAGUCUUCGUCCAUAACCAGCUGGUUUAUAGCUUUCAUUGGCCAAUAUCACUUGUUCCUUCCCUCCAAUUUCUGAAUGUUUCAACACUUUGCUGGCUUCCAGUUGCUUUUAUUAAUCCAGACAGUGGGUUCCCCUUCAGUUGUCUUGUCCCGGCCGUAAGAGCAGUAGCUCAGCAAGGUGGGUGUGAGCAUUUACUUGGAGAACCCAUACUACCUCCAUCACUGGAACCUUCUUUUGUAGGCAGAAGUUUAGGACUGGACCUUGCCUGGUACUGAGUUUCCUCCCUAACCUCGAAAGGGCAUUCAGCUCACACCAUGAAACGGGCUAUUUGUUUAUAACUGACUUUAACUAUAUUUGAAGUGGACUGCAGGAAGAGAGUCAAUCUCAGGGACCAAAAGCCAUUAGAGGAAGAUGACUGUUUUCUGACUGGGCAAA